AACACCACAAGGAAAGUUGGUUGUAGAACUGUCAUCUGUGCUGCUUUGUGUCACAGCUCUAUACUCAUACCACCUUUGACUACCUUGGUCACCGUUGAACAUGGAUGUUGAACGGUGCGUCGCACUCCACAACGAGAUUCUACGCUCCAGCUGGAUCAGCUCAGGCCGCGAGCCAGACUCGCUGGAAUCCGCCUGCCAUACAUGGUUUGACACUUUCGGCGAUGAGGCUGAGGCUGUCCGUCCGAACCUCGCACCUGAUCUUGUUACCUUUCUCCAGCGUGCGCGGGUGAUCUACGACCUGGAAACGGGAGUUCAUCUUAACUUCUUUUAUUGGGUGCAAAAUCUUGCUUCGCCUGAUUUCAUGUUCGAGCACACCGAGGACUUGGCGGACGAUGAAGAUGAUGGCAGAUACCUGGUUCUUUACGCAAUGAGCAACUUCACAGGCCACUUCUGUGGGCUACUGUAUGACCAGGUACAACACCUUUGCAUAAUUAGUCCGACUAUCUACGAGAUCGAAGAUGCCCUUGAGCGGAGGGUAUGGUAUCCAUUGGAGACAGCCCUGGAGUACUGGCUGAGCCAGAUUCGCAAAGGAGCGAUCGCUGCUCUGCCGGAGGUCGAAGAUCGGAAUUACGGAAAUGAGCGGUUCGAACCUUGGGAGUUCGUUCCAUACACUGACGCUAUGCUGGACGAGAACAUCAACGCUUUCAAUCGUCUUGUCGAAGCCAUCGAAGCCCGCAUGCCUCCCCCAGCCAGCCCUACAAGCCCCACAGAGAUUGUCUACGGGCUUGUAGAUGAGAUCACACUCCAAAAUUUGAACCUACCCCAGCGCUUUGGUUACGAAUUCGUGCGCCGCGUACGCCGUCCACGUUUCCAGAUGAUCGCUCCAGGGCUCGAGGUCCUCGGCCCCUCCACAUUCGUAGAUCAGCCUUUCGGGUCGUUUUUGUACCCAGGUACUGUCCAAAUUCCUCCGCUUCUCCUCUUUCGCUUCAAGGCAAACUACACAGAUAAUACUAUGCCAAAUAAUCGUACUGGCGAGCCGAUUGCCCAGCUAUUCCCCCGGCACAGCCGCAUUACGACUUAUCCUGCCGGUCUCUACUUGCGACCAUCUUCGACAAUAAGCGCUGAAGAUGAAUGCUUAUUCCUUCUGCCGUUUGGCAUAGGGGCUAAUGGGUAUGCACGGAGGAGUGACGGAAGCAAGUUCGGUAGCAGGAGGACUCCAGCAGACAGCUGUUUCGACCUGUAUCGACCGGGGUAUCAGCCGUUUGAGCAACACCACGAACAUAGUCUUCGAGAUGUGCUGGAAAACUGGAGAGGUUUAGUAGAGAGUGGUGUUUGGCAAGUGGAUGAGAAUGGUGUUGCAGGCGGUAUUGAUGUGUGGAGAGAGGCGGAUAGUAAGGAAAGAUGGACACACUAUGUUAUUCCAAUACCUUACAGCGGUACAGAACGAGUUCCUUAACAAUGUUAUGAAGCAGAAAUACAGCAAUCUCAG